CAGAGCACAUCAUGGCAAGCGUGGCUGUAGUUCUGACCUGGGUGCUGGCCCUCCUCUCAGGGCUUUCAACCACCCAGGCAGGGAAAGGCUUCUGGGACUACUUCAGCCAGAGCAGCGGGAACAAAGGCAGGGUGGAGCAGAUCCAGCAGCAGAAGCUGGCACAGGAGCCCACGAGACUGAAAGACAGCCUUGAGCAAAACCUCAACAAUAUGGACAAGUUCCUGGAAAAGCUGGGUCCCCUGAAUGGGCUCCCACAAGACCCAGUGGGCAUGCGGCAGCAGCUGCAGAAGGAGCUGGAGGAGGUGAGGAAGCGCCUGGAGCCCUACAUGACGGAGAUGCAUGAGCGCGUGAGCUGGAAUCUGGAGGGCUUGCGGCAGCAGCUGCAGCCCUACACGACAGAGCUGAUGGAGCAGGUGGCCCUGCGUGUGCAGGACCUGCAGGAGCAGCUGCGCGUGGUCGGAGAGGACACCAAGGCCCAGCUGCUGGGGGGUGUGGAGGAGGCGCGGGGCCUGCUGCAGGAGCUGCAGAACCGCGUGGUGCACCACACCAGCCGCGUCAAGGCGCUCUUCCACCCCUAUGCCGAGCGCCUGGUGACCGGCAUUGGGCACCACGUGCAGGAGCUGCACCGCAGCGUGGCACCACAUGCCGCUGCCAGCCCCGCGCGCCUCAGCCGCUGCGUGCAGAUGCUCUCGCACAAGCUCACGCUGAAGGCCAAGGCCCUGCACGCGCACAUUCAGAAAAACUUGGACCAGCUGCGUGAGGAGCUCAGCACCUUUGCCAGCACCUUUGCGGAUGGUGCGGAGGAAGAGGCCCAACCUGACCCCCAGGCGCUGUCUCAGGAGGUGCGCCAGCGACUCCAGGCUUUCCGCCACGACACCUUCCUGCAGAUCGCCGCCUUCACCCGCGCCAUUGACCAAGAGACCGAGCAGGUCCAGCAGCAGCUAGCGCCGCCUCCUCCAGGCCACAGCUCGUUUGCUCCAGAGUUCCUUCAAGCAGACCGAAGCAAGGCCCUGAGCGAGCUGCAGGCCCGUCUCGACGAUUUGUGGGAAGACAUCAACUACAGCCUUCACGACCGUGGGCUCGACCAUCUGGGGGAGCCCUAAGGGUCUACUUUGCCCACAUCCCAGAGCCUUGUUUGGGGAGUCCACAACCCAAGCAUGGCUCAGUCCUUGCCAGUGGCCUGUUGGGCAGAGGGUGGAGGGUUCUGCACAGGCCAGCUGAAGCCACCAAAUGGGCGUUGUUCUACGCUAUCCAGCCUCCUGCACUUCCCCCUUCCAGAUGCAUUACACUCACCAGCCUUUGCAAACCCGGCUCCCGGUGCUCAUUUGGGAAUCCUCCUGAGUCGCUCCGUUCUGGGUGGUGGGACUGGGGAGGGAAAGAGGCAUUGUUUGUGCAGGUAAUUACCUGGUGCAAGCCUGUUGCCAUGGUGCUGGAAGCCUGUGCCUCUUCAUCCCUGGGCCUGGCUCUGAUCACUACUGGCCACCUGGUGGCCACUGCUAGAGCUGGUCCACAGGGAGCGGCUCUUUUCUCCCCAGGGCUGCUGCCAUGACAGCUUCUGUUGGGGGAAGAGAAGGGAAGAAGGAAGAAACUGUGAUGGAGAGAACAUGUGAAGUGUGUGUGUGUAUAAAUAUCCCUGUUGGCCGAUGCUGGUGAAAACAAAUGGUAUGGGUUGUGAUGGGAGGGACUGGAGCCUGGAUUUCCUUAUAUAACACUACAUCUAAAGAGCUGACCUAGUUCUUCUCUUUUGGUGAAGUGGGUUAAGGAUCCAGUGUUGUCAUUGCAGUAGUUUGGGUUGCUGCUGUGGCUUGGGUUUGAUCUCUAGUCCAGGAACUUCUACAUGCCACAGGGGCAUGGGAAAAAAAAUAAAUAAAUAAA